GCCGUGGCAUGCACCUUAGCUAGUGUGGUGCACCUCGACCACAUGCACCACUCCUUUACGGAAUGUCGUUGCUGGCACUGCGCCCAAGCCAUCGGGGCGUGCGGCUGCACACUUUCGAGCCAGAGGACCGAGGGUACACCUCCACGCCGACUAAAAUCGGAGGCCACUGUCUUGAUCAUGUGCGGAACGGGUUCACCGUGAUACAGCAACUCAGGAACAAAAGCUCGGCGUCCGUGCUAACCUGCAGCAGCGGCAGCAGCAGGAAUGGGCAAGGCCAACAGGCCAGCAGCAGAGACAGUGGCGACGGAGAGCAUGAGCCAGCAGCGAUGGAAGGGAGGCCCGCGGCGGCGUUUUCGACGACCCUUGAUACCAGCAUGGGAAGGUUUGGUGGUCUCUCUGCCGGGUUGGUGCUGAGGCUCGGUGCUGCCGACUUCGCGCCGCCCCGCCACCGGCUGUACCCAACGCUUGCAGAGUUCCCGCCGGACACGCUGGCGCUGAGAAGGGACGCAAGCGGUGGGUUUUCCUGCCAGCAGCAACAGCAGCAGCAGCAGCAGCAGCGGCGGCGGCAGCAGCGGCAGGCUUACGAUGAUUCCAAAUGGCACGCCGGCGAAAGCGACGAAGGUGAACCGCCUGCUUCGACGAUUGCGCCGCCCCACAACGGGAGAGCCAGCUCGCCCGCAGCGGCGGCGGACGAUGCGAGAGAAGAGAUCAGAGCGGUGCCCUACCGCGACAUGGCAACGACCGUCGCGGCGGGGCACAGCGGCGCCCUCGUGGCGAUCCUGCUUUCCAGGCUCGCCGCCGUCAACCCUGGCGAUGGGUACACGGGUGACACGCCUGCCGCCGCCGCUGCUGCUGCCGGUGGUCUCGUUAGAGACAACAGCAGGGUUGACCUUGGCGUGGCACAGCCGGGGUCGACGACAGCAUUGAUCGCGACCGACGAGGUGCCCCGCCGACCGCCUGCCGACAGCGCCGCUCGCGAGCACGGCGGCGGCGGCGGCGGCAGCGGCGGCGGCAGCGGCGGCGGCAGCUGGGCGUGGAAGGCGCGGGUCGACCCCCUGCCUGUCUCCUCUAGGCUCAAGAGGUACGACUUCGUGCGCGAGCUGGGCAGCGGCAGCCACGGCACCCUCCUUCUCGUGCGGAAACGGCCCCUCUCCGCUGCCGCCAUAAGCGGUAGUGGCGGCGCUCUGGGCGCCAACAGCAGUCACGCCGGCGCUGGUGGGAGGAGGGGUAGAGGUGGGACCGGCGGUAGAGGUCUCAACUACGGUAGCGUCGGCAGCAGCGGCGGUACGUGUAGCUUUCAACCGGUAGGAAGCCUGCGGGUUCUGAAGGAGAGCCAUUUUUUGCCGGAGGCAGUCAACGAAGCGCGAUUGCUGUUGCUUGCUGGUGGAGGAGGAGGAGGAGGAGGAGGAGGAGAAGGAGGAGGAGGAGCCGCUUGUGCCACUGGCAGCGGUUUUGGCUAUGAGCGACAGAUGGCAGGUGGUAGUGGUGAUGCGGGAGGUCCCGAGACCUACGGCGGUAGUGUUGACGACGUCGUGGUAACCACCACCGCAGCCAGGGACGGUGGAGCGAGGGAAAACCGUCAACGGGGGGAGGUGGUGAAGCUGCACGACUUCUUCGUUGAGACCGUCGGCCACCGAUCGCUGGCCUUCCUGGAGCUGGAGUACUGCGAGGGCGGGGACCUCGCGAGUCUCAUCCUCGGGAACCGAGCGGGGGGGGGUAGCACAGCAGGAGCGGAAAACUCCGCUUCGACGGCCACGCCAACCGCGACGGCAGCACCAGCAGUUGGGGGAGCGCUAAGAGAUUUUGCCUAUCGGUCCCCGGCGCAACCGCUGGAAGGGUUGGCCAUGACGGUGGCGCGGGAAGAGGGUACCGGCGGCGGCGGCGGCGGCGGCAACGCGGGAGACUUUCUAAGUGGCGGCAGAAGAAGUCUUGAUGCAGGCGGCGGCCGCUUCGAUGAUCAGCGGCGGAGCUCUAGUGGUGCGGCGGCGGUGGCGGCCGUGGGGCAAGACGCGAGGGCGCCAUUGGCUGGGCUCCCGGCCGCGCGGAUAGUCAGGGUAGCGCUCGGGCUUUGCGAGGGGCUGCAGCGCCUCCACGAGCGCGGCAUCCUUCACCGAGAUCUCAAGCCGGCCAACGUCCUCCUCACCAAGACCGGGGCCGUCAGGGUCGCGGACCUCGGGGUGUCCACCCGCCUCGACCCGUCCCGUCCCCUCACGGAAAACGCCGCGGGAACCAUCCCGUUCAUGGCGCCGGAGGUCCGCAAGUAUCUCCUCGGCUCCAAGGUCGCGUACUCGGAGAAAGCGGACGUGUGGGCCGUUGGCGCCCUUGUCUACGCCAUGGCGGUCGGGGACCCCGCCCCCGCCGAACUAGCCACGGAGUCCCGCGAGCGGCUGGUUGCCGCCAUAGGGCGACGGACUGGCAGCGAGGCGCUUUCGCUCGCGGCGCACCGGGCCUUAGACCCCGACCCUUCCCGCAGGCCUUCCGUUCACCAGAUGACGAGCAUGCUGCAAAGUUGCUUCGAACGCGAGGGCUGGCUCUUGCAACACAAACACACCCUGGGAUCAAGAGGUCAAGGGCUGGUCCCCCGGGCGAGGCUCUGAAUAUCGUCAGCAGCCUCGUGUGGAUAAAAAUGUGCAACGUUUUGUGAUGUGUCUUUUGUUGUUUGCUCAACACAAAAAGCUGUGAUGAGUGUGUGUUUUGUUCCAGGCCUUUGGUUGUUGACCUUGUGCAGUUCAUAGGCACACAACCGCAAGGGUUGACUGUCCGUCAACUUUUUGAAAUAUAUAGAGGAUAAUUAUUUGUUGGAUACUGCUUACGCGAGUACUGUGCUACAGGCACCGUAGUUGGUAAUCAGGAGUGUCUCCCCCCGAUUGUAAAAAACAAUCCCCGAAAAAACCCGCGGAAAAUAACCGCGAGGUGCGUAGAAGCACGCACCCUUGUACUUUGUCGUACCCAUGUAGAAAGAGGCGGCGGGGGUAGUGGCGAAGGCGAUGUGUACAGAUGUGAACCCCGAUACCACUGUAUAAUGUUGUACGGUACGGUACGGUACGCGGGUCGGGUCAUCCCGCGGAUGUUUGUUGCCUUUCGUGGAACUGACCCUGCUGUUGCUAGCAAUGUCUCGCACGAAGGAUUUUGGUCCGUUUUUUGUCAACAGGGUCGGCAUUAGCCUCCGAAGCUCGCGAAACGAGUGCUGGUUGCUGUGUGCGUUUGUGUCUUUGCGUGUGUGUACUGAGCAUCACGAACCGUGCUAACAGGCGUGGGCAAUGACAAUACGUCAGUCGAGUAGGGCGUGUGUGCAUUUUUUUUUUUUCGUCACCCCCGCCUCCUGGCGCGGACGAAGUCGCGGGGAAUCUAAGCAAGCGAAAGUGUACAUGCAUGCGUUUUCGUAACGA